UUGGUGGGGGUGGUGGUGCGUAGCAAGAUGUCCUCGAAAUUGGAUUAGGAUAAAUAGAUGUUUUAGUUAAUCGCUUUUUUUGUGGUGAAAUGAUACCCUCGUCAGCCACGAUGCUGAAGAACUUGGAGCAACGAGCUGCAUCGAAUUUUCUAAUGGAGAAUUUACUGCAGAAUAAAACGACAAAUGGUGGUGAUUUUAGUUUGACAUUGAAUUGGGCAGCGAGUUUGAUGGUAAGAAAGCGUGACGAGUCGUUGAUCGGUUCGAGUGACAGUGUUAUGAAGAAUCAGAAGCCGGAGAGUGACAUUGAUCGUGAUAUUGAUGAUGAGACAAUGGCACAUACCGAUGGUGAUUUAGAAACUGAAAGUGAACUGGAGAUAAACGUUGAUAUGACGAACAGUUAUCACGAAAGAUUGUUGCAAUUUCGAUUAGGGAAGGGAUUGAAAUCGGAUGACGUACAGGACGAGAGAUUUGUGCGGGAGGAAUCGGACAGGGAGUGGAUGAGUUUUAAUGUGAUUGAGGAUAAUUCGACGAAGCCAAUGAAAAGUGAUGAGAGACUUGCCAAUGACGAGCCGUGUAGUGGUAGUUGUGCUGAUGAUCAGUGUCAGAGUACCUUGAGUCCGAGUCACUCGUACAUCAGCACAGCUGUGGAAUCACGAGUCAUUCAGACGAAGGAAAAACCCGAGUUGAAGUUCGGGGUGAAAGCUAUACUAGGGGUGGAUAACGACAAACGACGCAAUUCGGAAAAUCCACCGGUACUCCAGAUACUACCUAACUACAAUGAUAGUCUACAACCCUCGCUGACUAUUCAGAGUGGUUAUGUGUCGAGAAUAGCUAAACCAAUAGCACGACCAACGGCAUAUCACCCUCAUCAUCCACCCCACUCGACACACCAAGCGGGGCCGCCGGCGCAGCAUCCUUUUCCACCGCACGCACAUCAUACCCUGCAACUGUUGGCUUAUCGUGGACCCUAUCUGACUGUGAGUAAUCCAGGCAAUGGCGGUCAUCUUUCGGGAAGCUCCACCGUGGGGGGAGCGGUUUUUCCCACUGCGAUUCAACCGGGCCUGAGUGAUCUUGCGAGCUUAAGUACAGCGUGCUUCCCCUGGGCAGCAAGCACACGCGGCCGACCUAGAAAGGGAAUGAUGAGACGAGCUGUCUUCUCAGAUACCCAGAGGCGGGGACUGGAGAAACGGUUUCAACUGCAAAAAUAUAUCAACAAACCGGAACGGAAGAAACUUGCAGAACGCCUCGGCCUCAAGGACUCACAGGUGAAAAUUUGGUUUCAAAAUCGCCGGAUGAAAUGGAGAAAUACUAAGGAACGAGAGCUAAUGGCGUCCGGUGGAUCACGUGAACAAACGCUACCGAAUAAAAAUAAUCCAAAUCCAGAUUUGAGCGAUACUGACAAUGAUCGGUCCAGUAGAUUGGAACUGAGCAGCGAUGUCUCGACACUGACAAGUUACACCGAUUUUACUGAUAACGAAGAAAAUGAAGAGAUAAAUGUCACAUGA